UAGCUGGUUGAGCUGGUGUGUCGUGCAGGGGAUGCAGUAGUUAGACGAUUAUGGAGGAAGUCGGUUUCAAGGCUGGGGAGGAGGUGGCGUUUGGCAGUGGAGUAGAGAGACUCAUGUUUCCAGUCCACACGUCACCCACGAGACUUGGAAUAGAACAGGGACUUCGUGGAGAGCCUCACAGAGGACCUGGCUGCUAUACUGGUGACCUGUUGAGUGAGUUUCUGAAGCCACUGGACUCGGUCCCACGCAGCAGACGUGGCUGGUACUUUGGAGCUCAGCUCACCGGUCGACCGUCUCUGGUCCGCAACAAUGCCGUACCGGGCCCGCCAGACUACCAGACCGUACCGGUCUGUCACGGUGGUGGUCACAACAAGGCAGCGUUCAACUGCGUAAAUCCACGAUGGACCGAGAGAGAUGGGGACUUCAGAGAUCCAGGG